AUGAUAAAGUCGGCGAGCUCCGCGGCUGUAGUUGGCGCGAAGGUUGUCGCCGCCCGACUCGAUGAGGAGGAGGUCCGUGUCGAACUCGCGGUGCAGGUCCUCGAGCGCGGCGAGGUUGGUCGAGAUGUCCUCGGCCACGGCGGCGUGCGGGCAGCCGCCCGUCUCGAUGGCGCGGAUGCGCGAGGCCGGCAGGGCCUUGUGGCGGGUCAGGAACUCGGCGUCCUCGCGCGUGAAGAUGUCGUUGGUCACGGCGGCGAGCGAGUACUUUUCGCGCAGCGCCCGCGAGAGCGCCAGCAUGAGGGCCGUCUUGCCGGAACCCACGGGUCUGCCGUCUCGUCAGCAUGGUGCGCCAGCGUCUCUAUCAGGGGGGGGGAAUAG